AUGCCGGACGAAAUGUCUAUGAUCCCGUACAGUGCGGGUAGUCUUGAUGUGGUGCUCCGACAUAACGACUCGGUGGUUGUCUAUGAUCAUGACUCCCAACAGCUAGUUCUCCGCAGCACAGCUGACACCCAUGUGAACGAUGUCGAGCUUACAAACUGCCCACUCUGUCACCAUCCCAUGAGAGACAGCAGCAGGGGCCGUCAUAAUAGCAACAAUGCCGAUACCGAUGACGAAUUCAUCAACCCAAAUUACUUUCGCAUGCUCGAUAAUAGCCUCCCGAGCUCCGCAAGCUCCUCGACCCCCCCUUCCCCGCGCCGUCGUCUCGUUCAACCUGCUCUUCCAGAUAGAGCAAUCGGUCUAGGUCCUACGAGUGCCCCGUCGGGCACUCCUCAUCCUUCUCAUCACCAAACCACAUCUCAAGGGAUCUCCUCUGCAGCGUUCAGUCAGGACUAUUUUAAGAAGUUUUUUGUGGAAGAAAAAGUAUUAGGAAAGGGCGGAAAGGGCGUUGUCUUGCUCGUUAAACAUGUUUUGGAUGGUGUUUCUCUUGGUCAAUAUGCAUGCAAGCGUGUGCCCGUCGGCGACGACCACGAAUGGCUAGAGAAAGUAUUGGGCGAAGUCCAAUUAUUACAGCAUCUGUCCAAUCAGAACUUGGUCUCCUAUCGUCACGUCUGGUUGGAAAAUGCUAAGAUCAAUGUAUUCGGGCCCAGCGUGCCAUGUGCCUUCAUUCUGCAACAGUAUUGCAAUGCCGGUGAUCUGCACAACUAUCUUUGCGGUUCUGUCCAAACAUCAACUACCGCGCAGCAGCUAAAGGCACGUCUUCGGCGAAAAUCAAAAGGAGAACCCGAUGUAGACCCGAUUGGACCUCGCACGCUGCAGCUGGAUGAAAUUUACUCUUUCUUUCGAGAUAUAACAUCCGGACUGCGUCAUUUACACACCAAUGGGUACAUACACCGUGAUUUGAAACCACAGAAUUGUCUUCUACACGAAACAGCAGACGGAAUUCGGGUUCUAGUAAGCGACUUCGGUGAAGUGCAAGGCCAAGAUGCGAUGCGGAAGUCAACAGGCGCAACGGGGACAUUAUCAUAUUGUGCCCCCGAAGUUCUUCGGCGUGAAUAUCCAGAUGGUCCAUUCGGUAAUUUCACAUUCAAGUCCGACAUUUUCUCAUUGGGGAUGAUUCUCUAUUUUCUCUGCUUUGCGGAACUUCCAUAUGCAAGUGCCGAUGUUAUCAAUGAAGAAAAAGAAGAUUUGGACCAACUUCGUGACGAGAUUACCAGCUGGACUGGUUUCGAUCAAGUUCGAAGGAAGCGACCCGACCUCCCAGAGAAGCUCUAUACUUUCUUAGAAAGAUUACUUGCAGUGGAUCCCAGUCGAAGACCCACGGCAGACGAUGUUUUAAGUGGUAUUCAAGCAGGCGCAAAUACCAACGAAUUCCGCUUUAAACGGACCAGCUCUGCCACUUCUGACAUGCCCAUUGGAGCGAGAGUUCGGUCCGUUGAUAGCCCUCAACCAUCUGCGGAUAGAAGAGCCCUCUCCCCAGCCAAGAAAAUGCCUCGCAGUCCUGUUCCAUUCAGGCGUGACUCAAUGUUUGAUUCCAGUGGACCGGGGGACAGCUCGAAUUCUGGAUCGGACGUUAUAGACACCCGACCAUCUUUAAGCCCUGAUCGAGAUAUCGUUGUGCGUCCCAAGUAUUCUGCCUCGCCACCUAUAUCUCCUACAAGACACAGCCAUGACGAAACCAUUCAUAAUCAUGAAUCCCCGCCAAUCCCUCGCCAACAACUUCUUCCUCCGCCUCCAAGCCGCUUCCCAUCUUUGGAUUUCCUGGUGGCUUCCACCUCUUCGCCUGGUUUACAGUUCGGCCUUUUCCUUCUCAAAAUUGUGUCCGUUAUCCAUCCAUGUUCGCCUCUCUCGGCUAAGCCAUGGAUUCUGUAUCCCCUUCUCCUCCUCGCCGCGGUGUCACUCGGUAUCAAUGACCUUCGCGUACAGGGCCUCAUCGCCAUUACCCAUAUGCUUGUUGUCGGGGCAGCUCUGCGCCUGGGUGUGCUUUGUGUCUGGCGUGACACCUCGUUCGACAUAUAA